UGGAAGACAAAAGUGUAACUAAAUAAUUCCCACUUAAUAAUACUCAGCAACCCUUAACCCACGACCCUUCAUUUUCCCCAAAAUUUUGUCUAAACCCUUAAUUCUCAAACCCACGACUAAAACCUUCAAACCCAGCACUCUUCGAUCGGUUACAACUACGUUCGAUGAGGACAACGAUGACGAGGACAAGGACGCCUCUUCCCGAACUCCUCAAAUUUGGCGAGUUCUUUUAAUCUCUAAUUUUGCUAUUAGAGGCAAGCUUUCAGCAUAUUUUGGAUGUACAUGAUGGGAUUGAAUGUAGUGUUGGUCUUCAUUUUUUUUCUCUUUUAGUUAGCUAUUGUUCCCAAUAUUGUGAGAAAGAGAGAUUUGCUCGUGUUGAUUUGAAUCAAUUAGUAGAGGUGCUCAAUGUAUGGAACUUGUUCAGAUUUGUCGAACUACUUUCGCUUGCAAAGACUGUAAUCGACAAGUUCGGUUGAAUUGGUUACUUUUUGCUUGGGGGCGAAUCUUAGCUUCGUCUGACCCCGACUCAUCUUCUUUUGCUCCCUCAAUCAAAUUCAAGCCUAUUGAUAAAAACGCUACUGGGUUCUGCAUCAUCCAGGGGCCUGAGAUAGUGGAAGACUUUGCCAAUAUGAAAUUACAAGAAAUUUAGGACAAUAUACGAAGUCGUAGGAACAAAAUAAUUUUGCAUAUGAAAGAGGUCAAUUAAUUAGCAAGUGCAAGUGGAUUAAACCCAACAUCAGUAUUAGUAAAGGUUAAGGUAAAGGCAAGGCUAUAGCUGAUGGACCGUGAGCGAGCUUAUGAGAUUGUACAUGUCGGGGCGGUUAGGCCUGGAGCGUACGAUCCUCGGGACAGCAAGGCCGAGAUUUUUGUAACUGUCGUUAGACGACUUUUAUUUUGAUGUAAUAGUUAAACAGUGAAACUUUUUGUAAAUAUUUUUAUAAUCGGGAUCCCGAGUCUUUUAUAAUAUGUGUUACAAGUUUAAUCAAAAAGCAAAAUUUUAAUUAAUCACGUUUUUCCAUAAACCUCGUUGAUUAGCAACGAGCUGCACAGUACGUUUAAAAAUCACGUAAUACGCCUAAGGUAGUUAGGGUGUUACAGCUCGUUUGGCUUGGCGUUACCUGAAUCAAGACAUCUGAUGCUUGAGUAAGUUCUCGCUUUCCUUUAUGUUUCUUUGCAUGUUUACUUUUUGAAUGCACCUUUGACUUUGCUGUAAAAGAUAUGUAGGAAACCCUAAGUUUAGAAACUCUGCGAUUCUCCUUUGUCAUGCGUUCAUUCGAUUUCACCGUCCGUAGUGUUUGCUUUCUGAACUGCAUAAUGGCUGUCUUUCAUCUUGCUUAUUCUAAGCUUCAUGAAAUUUUUCGCCCUAACUCAAGAAAAUUUCAAACUUCCUGAGUUUCGACUUUUCGUUGAAUAUUGUUAUUCUUUAAUCUGUUGAGUACUCCUGGUCGGCAAAUUUGCUUAUUUUAACGUUUGAUAUUCCGACCAAACACUCAUCUUGUGUGUUGUCUUUUGUAGAUGAACUCAGGUGAAUUUUGGGAGAGCGAACAUCGAAUCGACCAAGACUUGCUUCAACUCUUGCACGAGGACAAUCCUCGUCUCUAUUCUAGCCCACCUUCUUCGAGUGAAAGGCGUUCUUCCUUAAGUCUUUCGUCUAGCCAUAGAAUGAUGGCUCGUACCAAGAAGACCAUGCGUAUGGCUGACGCAUCUGACCCUCAAGUGGCUCGGCACGCCACUUUUUCCAGCGCCGAACAAGAUCCAGCCGUCCAGGAGCAGGGGGAUCAUGAAGGGGACGCUGAGGUCCAGGGGAUCAAAGAGCAGGACGAUGUCCGUCCUAGAAGUCCCUCUGAGGUGGAGGAAAAAGAGGAGGUUGCACCCCCAAACUAUGGUAGAUACAAUGAGGCUGGGGAGCCAGUCGAUGCUGAUGGCGACGUCUUGGUUGAGGGUGUGGACUACAUUAGUGAGGAACUUAGUGCUGCGGUUCCUCAUAGAAGGCAAGGUACCUUGGGUGCUAGUGCAUGAGCCCUCUGUCCAAGGUUACUAAGGCGCGCAUGCGAGUUCUUGACCAGGAUGGCUACCUGGGCAAAUUGGACUGUUACAUUCCCGCCCACAAUAAUCGAGCCACAAACUCUGAAAAGGGGAUGUGCGCCUGGUCAGGUGCUCAUGCCCAGCAAGGGGCAUUGUUGCCUUUGCACCCGUACUUUAAGAAUAUGGCGGACUUCUUCCGCCUCUAUCUUACCCACUUCACUCCCAAGGGCAUUAAGUAUCUGUCUUCCCUCUUUAUUCUCUAUGCCUCCUAGAAGUGGGACAUGCCUUUUCCGCACGAGGUUAGCUAGUUUUUUGAUUUGAAGUCCACCCCUUAGCAAGGCAGGUCAUGGUACUUCUAUUUCUCUCAAUCAGACUUCAAGUGGUUGACGGGCAUCGGGGAUUCAGCCAUCAGCAAAAUUGGGCAUUUUGUUGAUGAGUAUUUCAUGGUGGAUGGCAUGGGCACCGCCCACACUCGGUUCCAGCAGAUCCCUACAUUUCACCGCCCUCUCCUCACUCUUACUCUUAGAGAUAGAGCUCAAGAGCUUGCUCAGCUGCCAGGGGAUGACUGGAAUAUCAUCCAGUUGACCUCCGAGGACAACUUUGUGAAGUACGGGCUCUAUCCAAAAUAUUUUAUUCCUAAGCCAUUGAAGGGGAGGAAGAGGAAAUUUGGCACUGGCCGGACUGAGGGAGUUGAUAAGGAGAAUGAGCUGAUUCAACUGAAGCGUGAGGCUAAGUUGAAGGGAGGUGCAAGCGCCAAGCAAUAUGCUCACGAGCCCUUGAAUCCUGAAGAUGAAGCAGAGGAAGAGCAGGUGACUCCGCUCAAAAAGAGGAAGAAACUUCCGGCCCAGCCCAGGCCCAUUGAACAUGCAAUUCGCAUUAGAGAGCCCAGUUCACCUGCUCGGCCGCCUUCUCCCGUGCUAGGAAAAGGAAAAGCUGUUAUGGCUGAGAUAAGAGGCUUGUCAGACAUGUCUCAAAAGAUGCUUGAGGCUCUGAAGAAGAGAGUUGGAGGAUGCUCAAGCGCAUCUCCCCGAACCAAGAAGUCCAGGGAUGGUGAGAUGACCCCUACCAAGGAAAAGGCGCCUGCUGGGGAGGUUAUUAAUCUUUUCGAGGAGCUAACUGCUGCGAACCCUUCCACUCCAAAAGUUUCUAAGUCCAAGGAUUCUCGGGGAGGAAGCUCGGACAGGCCUGAGCAACCAAAAGGUGGAUCCGAGCUGAUCAAGGGUGGAUCCGAGUAGAUGCGACCUCCUACUCCACCUUUGCCAGUGCUUCCAGAGGCCAAGAAGGGCAAGGAGAUGCUCACGCACUACAUGAACCGGUUAGUUCCUGAGGUUAGUGAGCAACUGGCCGGUGCUGACAAUGACUCUUCUUUAGAGUUACUGAUGGGAGGAGUCUUGACAGAAUUCACAAGGGUAAGUCUUUCCUGACAGUUUCCUUUAAUCCUCUUUAUUUGGGUCGAAUUCUAAAGUUUUUUCUCUGCGCAGGCUGGUCUGAAGUUGGUUUGCACAUACUCCCGAGCUAAGUCUGCUGCUUCCAAGAAUGCGGCUCUGUCCAACACCAUGAGGGCGGAGGUGGACUUGGCCAAGAAGGACGCUGAUGGGGCCAGGGUGGAACUUGGAGCUGUUCGGAUGGAGCUGGGUGAAGUCAACAAGAAGCUUUUUACUGCUCAGAAGAAAAUAACUGAGUUGACUAAGGAUCUCGAGGCUUUUGACCGAGUUGAAGAGAUCAUCGAGACCUUAUCUACAUAAGUGAAUAGCCUUCAAGAUGAAAGGACAUCUCUUUGAGCUGUCCUUUGUCGUCUGGAAGAGGAGAAGAAGUCUAAGGAGGAGGAGCUUACAACUGAGGUGGCGAGGCUGGGAGAAAAAGUCCAUGCCUUAGAGACAGCCGGUCUCGAGCUCUUUUAUGACUUUCGGAAGGCUAACUCUCAUGCAAACUUUGAUUACUUGGGUGAAGCUAAAGACAUAUAUCUCGAGUUCUGCGCUUCCCAAGUGGCUUAUGGUAAAACUGAGGCGGUUGCUUCUACCUCUGGCCAAAAUGUUGAUGUACCUCCUGUUCAAACAACAGAUCCUCCAGCUCUUACCGGCCCAGAAGAUUCGAACCGAGAGCCUGGGACUCCAGCUGUUUAAAUACUUCUCUUUUAUCCUUCUUUUUCUAUAUCUUAUUUGGCCAUAAGGCCUUUUUUAAGACAUCAUGACCGGCCAAGCAGUCUUUAAACUUGGAAUUGUUUUUCAUUUUAUAGACAACAAGCUGACCGGGCAGCUUUUAUUCCUGGUAGUACGUGCUUUUGUUAUCUUUAAUGAAUUUCAUUCUCUGUUUAUAA